UCCGUACUUGCGCAUGCGUACUUCUCAGUCCGUCAGACAGCGGCAGCCAGUAAACAUGGCUGGUGUAGGCUUCCGACGUUGGGCCUUAGCCCUUCGUAAAGGGAAAGGUUCUGGCAUUGCAGUCCUUUUGUCGGGUACUAGAGCAGCCUCUGGUCCUUCAAAGGAUACCAUACUGGGUCCUUUUCCGACGACCCCCGAGGAGAGAGCUGCAGCUGCAAAGAAGUACAACAUGAAGGUUGAAGACUAUGAACCAUAUCCCGACAAAGGCGAGGGCUUUGGUGAUUAUCCAAAGCUCCCAGACAGAUCUCAGCAUGAGAGAGACCCCUGGUACCAGUGGGACCACCCUGACCUGAGGAGGAACUGGGGAGAGCCGAUGCACUGGGACUUCGACAUGUUCAUCAGGAACCGUGUGGAUACUUCUCCCACCCUUUUGUCCUGGUCCGCGAUGUGCAAACAACUGUUUGGUUCCCUCGGCUUUAUACUGCUCAUGUUCUACCUUGGGGAGGUAUUUCCAGCUUACCAAGCUGUUGCACCGAAACAGUAUCCCUACAACGACUUGUACCUGGAGAGAGGAGGAGAUCCUGAAAAACAACCAGAAGAAGUCAAAAAUUAUGUUAUUUAAUGACUUACUUCUGAUUCUACUUGUGUAUAUAUAUUUCUGUCAAGAAUAAAA